AUGGGUCAGUCGACAGAUAAUCCUGGUCUUGUUAUUCAUAGCGUAUUAGGUGGCUCUGAUCACGAUUUGUAUUAUAUUUAUCCAAAAAGUCGCAAUCCGAUUUUUGAAGACAAAGUACUUUCGCAAGCACUACUAAUUUAUUGGUAUGUUUCAUCUCUCAAGUAUGAGAAACAACUUUAUGCUAAAUUAUAUUAUUCUUCACCAACAGCAACGAAACCUGACAAAAUCGACUAUACAUUUGUUUUUAAUGCUAGCCAUUGA